UGUCUGAGCUCAGCAAGAGGAGGCGCACGGGAGACGCUGAGGGACAGCUAAAACACCCGCACAACACAGGGUACCAGGUCCCCAGUCCAGAGCUGCUUGGAGGGAAGGAGAUGUCGCGAGCAGCGGGUCACCGUCCAGGGCUGUCUGCAGGACAAUUGGCUGCUGCAACCGCAUCUCCUCUCCUGUCACUGCUGCUGCUGCUCGCCUGCUGUGCGGACGCUUGCAAAGGUGUGCCAAUAUCACCUCAAAGAUUGCAGCCAGAACAAGAACUACAAUUGUGGAAUGAGAUUCAUGAAGCUUGUGCGUCCUUUCUGUCCAUUGAUUCCAGGCCUCAGGCAUCUGUUGCACUGAGGGAGCUUUGCCGUAUAGUGAUGGAGAUUUCCCAGAAGCCUCAGGAACAAAGUGAGAAAGAUAAUACUAAGAGGUUCUUAUUUCACUAUUCAAAGACACAGAAGUUGGGAAAUUCAAAUGUUGUGUCCUCUGUUGUGCAUCCGUUGCUGCAGCUCGUCCCUCAACUGCAUGAGAGAAGAAUGAAGAGAUUCAAAGCAGAAUACCAGAGUCCUUCCAUGGGAUACUUUUUAUUCAGGCCACGCAAUGGGAAGAGGUCAACAAGUUUCAUUUAAAAUGGAUGUGAAAUGAUCUUUCAUUGAAAACUCUGCUAUGGGAUAUAAGAUGUACUCACAUUUUGUUCUCACAAAUGACCCCUCCUAAAUUUACUCUUUUGCAAACCCCUGUAUUGUAACAUUCUCUGCAAUGGUUGAGAUUAUAAAUGUUUAAUUUGUUGAAAAUAAAACAGCAUCUUGAAAUGUA